GAGUUUGCAAUUCACUGAAUAAUUCCUGGGCCACAAUGACAGGCGAGCAAAUUGGAUCAGAGUGGCUUUUACUCGUUUUCUGUUUACAAUUGUUGCCAACAAACGUUUUUCUUCACACACUGUGAAUAUUUUCGUUGGAAUAAGAGCACCUGUAAAUUUAUUUAUAGCCAGCCAAAAGGUGUGGUCCCAGCCCAGUUUCACCUUGUUGCAAAAAACAAGUGUUGUCAAACCAAAACCAGCGCAUAGCCUGAAAAACAAACUCCUACUGCAGGCAACGUUACAGAAAUAUUUAUCUGUUUUCAGCAUUCAAUGUGUCUGAUCACCUGUCCACCAGCACCUUGAGCCUAAGAUUUAAUAAAAAUUAAAAAAAAAAAAAAAAAAAAAGGGUAAACCUGGUCGGGUUGAUUUAAAUCUCAGCUUUUGGUAGUAUCGCGAUAUCACCACUAGGUGGAGCUCGUGACGCAACAACUUCACAACUGGACACUAGUCUCUAACGUUAUAUCUUACAUUGUUUGAUUAAACGUAUUGUUUAAUGUAAUUACAUCCUUUUUCACACUUUACGUGAAUUAAAUAGAUUCACCUAGUCACAUUUUAAAUUAAAUUGUACUUUCCUCUGACUUUAAGACAACUUUAACGUCUGCAAACUGUGAUUCUGUGAUAUAGCGAUCUGGCAUUUAAGAUUAUUAGCUAGCUAUUAGCUGGUUAGCAGCUAAAGUAAGCUAACACCUGUUUAUUAGCUUAACUGUGUGGUUUAUUUAAAGUUAAAUACCUAGUAUUUUGGUGUCUUAAAAUGGUGUUACUGCUUUCUACACUGCUCUUUUCCCAGAGAUAUCCGAUGAAAUGACUUUAAAAUACCAGCAUGUACGAUAAACCUGACAGAAGUUUUGAACCAGCCCGUCUUGCCGCUGCAUGCACACAUGUUGAGUAAGUACGUGGUUGGCAGUCAGCUGACCGCCUUAAGGGGAGUCCUGACAGAUAUGAGAAGUGAACUUUGAGUGCGGCAGUAACACGCCCUCUCACACAACUGGUCGGACCCGGCGCCUUGUGAACAGUCUGGUAGCGUUUCAGCUCCGGGGUCCUGAAGGCAUCAUGCAGUGCCUGCAAAGAGAAGCAAAACUCACCAGAUCUGAGGAAUUAGUCCGCAAUGCCAGGAGCCAGAAGGCGAUACAAUUGAACUCAAAGCUCCUAGGUUUGGAGGGCGAUCUGGACCUCCAGUUCCUCCUGCAGGGGGGAGAUCUUCUCAAGGUCCGUUCCCCAUCCUGGAAGAAGACCCGCUACUUCAAACUCCAGGAAGACUGCAAGACCAUAUGGCACGAAUCCAAGAAAACCUUCAGGACGAACCAGACCUUCACAGUUGAUGAUAUCUCUGCGGUGAGAAUUGGCCGCCAGUCGGAAGGUUUGAGGAAGUACACAGAGGAGCAGGUGGAGGGCCGCUGCUUCUCCAUCAUGUUCAAGGGCCGCCGCAAGAACCUGGACCUCAUCGCCAGCUCGGAGGAGGAGGCCAAGCAGUGGGUCAGCAGCCUGGAGAAAUUGAUCUCCAAGCUAAACAACCUCAGCUGCCAGAAGAAGACAGAGCACUGGAUCCUCAGCUGCCUGAGGAAAUCAGACAAGAACAAAGAUGGGAAGCUGAGUCAGUCAGAGGUCAAGAACUUCUUCCGUCUGAUCAACAUCGAAAUCGACGACGACUACGCAGAUAUGCUGUUCAAGAAAUGUGACAAAUCAAACUCUGGAUACCUGACUGGAGAGGAGAUCGAACAUCUGUAUGAGCUGUUGACCCAUCGGGAGGAAAUCGACGUUAUCUACGGAGAGUACGCUAAAACCACCGGCUUCAUGAGUCCUGAAAACCUAAUGGACUUCCUGAUGAAGGAACAGAGGGAGAAACUUACACUGACAGACGCAAACAAGAUUAUCGAGAAGUACGAGCCGGAUGAAAAUGUCAAGCAGAAGAAGCUGCUGUCCAAAGAUGGCUUCCUCAGGUACAUGCAUCAGCCAGAGGCCCUGAUCCUCAAUUCAGAUCACAAGGAGCUGCACCAGGACAUGAGCCAGCCCCUCAAUCACUACUUCAUCUCCUCCUCACACAACACCUACCUCAUGGAGGACCAGCUCAAAGGGCCCAGCAGCACAGAGGCUUAUGUCAGGGCUCUGCUGAAGGGCUGCCGCUGCGUAGAGCUGGACUGCUGGGACGGAUCGGACGACGAGCCGGUGAUCUACCACGGCUACACGCUCACCUCGAAGAUCCUCUUCAAAGACGCCAUCAAAGCCAUCAAGGAGUACGCUUUCAAGACGUCCGACUUCCCGGUGAUCCUCUCCCUGGAGAACCACUGCAGCGUGGAGCAGCAGCAAGUCAUGGCCCACCACAUGAGCUCCAUCCUGGGCAGUGCACUCGUCACCUCUCCCCUGGGGGAGGGCAUGCCCACAGAGUUCCCAUCUCCUGAGGAAUUAAAGGGGAAGUUCCUCGUCAAAGGGAAGAGGUUAAACAAACUGGAGGCCACCUUUGCGUCUGAGGCAGCAGCAGCCGAUGACACCGACGUGACGGAGGAGGAUGAGUCAAAUGAUGAGGACGAACAGAAGGAGGAAGAGAAAAGCAAGAAAAAGAAGCUGAAGCUGGCGAAGGAGCUGUCGGACAUGGUGAUCUACUGUAAGAGCGUCCACUUCCACGGCUUUGACGACGCCAGAACAAACCAGAGCUUCUACGAGAUGUCGUCCUUCAAGGAGGGAAAGGCCGUGGGGCUGGCAGAGGAGUCGGCGAAUGCCUACAUCCGUCAUAAUGUGGACAAGCUGAGCCGCAUCUACCCAGCAGGCUCCAGGACCGACUCAUCCAACUACAACCCGGUGCCCCUGUGGAACGCCGGCUGCCAAAUCGUGGCCCUGAACUUCCAGACGAACUGCACAGACAUGGAUGUGAACCAGGGAAGAUUCCUGGUGAACGGGAAGAGCGGCUACAUCCUGAAACCAGCCUACAUGAGAGACACAGCCACAGACUUUGACCCCAUCACUCUGACGCGAGGAAACUGGCUGAAGCACAAAACGCUCCAUAUCAUGAUUAUAUCGGCCCAGCAGCUCCCCAAAGUGAACAAGAAGAAAUCCUCCAUAGUCGACCCGCUGGUUAAAGUGGAGGUGUUCGGAGUCCCGGCUGAUGUCGCUGAGAAAGAAACCAGUCCUGUUGAAAACAAUGGGUUCAACCCUUCGUGGAAUGAAAACUUCCAGUUCGAUGUGUAUGUGCCAGAUCUGGCACUACUGCGCUUCUUGGUGGAAGACUACGACUCGACGUCCGAUAACGAGUUCGUUGGACAGUUCACACUUCCAUUCAACAGCUUAAAAAUGGGAUACAGACAUGUGCCUCUGCUCGGUAAGAACGGAGACCGUCUCCCCUCAGCCGGACUCUUUGUACACGUCAUGGUCCUUGAUGCUGAGUGAGACGUCACUGCCUGACAUACGGACACUAGGACCUCCAUUACACACUCUUGUCUUAGCUAUUUUUUAAUUAGAUUUUAUAGUCUUUUUUUGUUUUUGUGCUCUGUAGUUUUAGUUCAUGAUUAACUUAUUGGCUUCAUUCCAGAAGUUUGACCAGCUAGUGUAAAAGUUAAGACUACAUUCUUCUCAAAAGUGGGACAACUUAAAACUAAAAGUCUCUUUGUAAGACUCCUGAUGAUGAUGUGACAUUAUACAAACUCUUUUAAUUGGUUUGUAUUUGUUGCACUAGUGUUGUACCACGUUCAGUUUGUAAUGGCACUGAAUUUCUUUCAGACAGCGUGUCCCUCAUCUUUGGCCAGUUAAUGUAUUGUCUAUUUAAAUCUUUUUAUUCAAAUGUCCAUUUUAUGAAUUCUGGAGAAACAUAAGCCAAUAUAAAAAACGAUGUGCUUUGUCUUCAUCAGUAAUUUUAGUCAUCAAGUAUGAUUAUUUUACAUGUAACAUCAUCAUGACAGCUUCUUUUUGCUAUCUUUUUAUAAUCAAGAUGAAGAUAAAAAAAAAUCUAAACAUUUAAAUCUGUCUCCAUCCUUUUCUUCGGCACUUUGAUUAAAACCGUGUUUCCACAUGGAUUAACUUUGAACCUGUAGUCAUGUAAAACUGUUAAUAUAAACCUUAUUAAUGAAAUAACACAGCUUUAUACUUGACAAGCCGUCAAGUGUUCAAUAAUAAUGACAAUAACAAAGCUCAGUAGGAGCCUGCAGUGCAUACAAAACCAAGUAGCUACCUUUUUUUUUGCCUCUAUAUUUUAUGCAAACACCAAUAGAAGGAAACCUGUUUGAGGUUGAGCUAUUUGAGCCUUUCCACAGAUUAAAACUGUUGCCUAGUGAACUUUGAAUGGACACACCCUCGGUACACAGAGCGCCAGUCAA